UCAGGGUUUCACACCUGGCAGUGGAUGUAUGGCUGUGAGCUGAGGAAAGAUGGGAGCAAAGGUGGGCAUUACCAGUAUGGCUAUGAUGGGAAGGACUACAUCAGCUUUGACAAGGAGACCCUCACCUGGACGGCAGCCGAUCUGCCAGCCCUGAACACCAAGAGGAAGUGGGAUCCUAACACAGUACGCAACCAGUACAACAAGGCCUACCUGGAGGAGACCUGCAUUGAGUGGCUGCAGAGAUACCUGGAGUAUGGGAAGGAGGAGCUGCGGAGGACAG